AUGCGCUCGUUCGCUACAGCCCUCCUGACGGCUGCAAUCUCAUUCGAAGGGGUAUUCGCCGCAGAUCCGCUCGUACAUGUCCGCAACGGAACCUACACGGGAUUGCAUCUGCCGCAAUUUGGACAGGACCUGUUCCUGGGUAUUCCCUACGCUCAGUCUACCGACGGCCAGAACCGUUUUCGCAUCCCGCAGCCUUUGACUGCCACUUGGAAUGGGACACGGGACGCCAAGUCGUAUGGCCAUGCUUGCCCAGACGCCGAUCCUGCCGACGAUGCGAUAUAUGGGAUGAGCGAAGACUGUCUGAACAUCAACCUCGUACGCCCCAGCGGUCAGACGUUGGCGCGCAACGGAACUAAGCUGCCGGUCAUGUUGUGGAUUCACGGCGGAAGCUACCAGCAGGGGACGAGCGGCCUGUCCAACUACAACCUCACGUGGAUUGUACAGAGGUCCGUGGAAAUCGGCUCUCCCAUCAUUGGCGCAAGCAUCAACUACAGGAAGGGCGGGUGGGGGAACAUGUACUCGAUUGAAAUCCAGGGUUCGGGAAACACGAACCUCGCGUUGCGGGACAUGCGCCAAGCACUGGCAUGGAUCCAAGAGAACAUCGUGGCUUUUGGAGGAGACCCUGACUCUGUAACCAUCUGGGGAGAAUCAUCGGGGUCCUUUGCAGUAGGCCAGCUACUGAUGACGUACGGCGGACGCACCGACGGCCUUUUUCAUCGGUCCAUCCAAGAAAGCGGCAGCGCAGCAACAGCGUGGUACAACGGGAGCGAGUGGUACCAGCCCAUAUACAACAAAAUCGUCGACCAGGUCAACUGCAGCUCGGCCGUCGACACCCUUGCCUGCCUCCGCACCGUCCCCUACGCCACCCUGUACCCCUUCAUGAACUCGUCCAUCGUCGGCGGGCCGGGCUUCUAUCCCACCGUCGACGGCGACAUCAUGCCCGCCUACCCGACCGAGCUCCUGCACGCCGGCCGCUUCGCCCACCUCCCCCACCUCUACGGCACCAACUCGGACGAGGGCAGCGACAACGCGCCCGCCGACGGCUCCAUCAACACCUCGGCCGACCUCCGCCACUUCCUGCUCCACCGCACCGGCUUCGGCUUCCCCCCCGCCGCCGUCGACCGCAUCCUCGCCCUCUACCCGGACGACCCCGCCGCCGGCAUCCCGCUCGACACGGGCCCCGCCCGCUUCCCCGCCCUCGGCUGGCAAUACAAGCGCGCCGCCGCCAUCGUCGGCGACGUCUUCUACCACGCCCCCCGCCUCGACGACGCCCGCCACUACGCCCGCUGGUCCCCCGACACGUACGUCUACCGCUUCAACACCCGCGCCUUCGUCCAGAACGCCACCACCACCGAGAACGCCACCUACCUCAACCCGGCUUUCUUGCCGCCUGCCUACAAGGGCGUCGCGCACUUCUCCGAGGUGGCGUUCGUGUUUGGGAAUCCGGACAACGUCGGGCCGUGGGCCGAGUACCGGCAGUUGAGUAGGAGGAUGAGUGACGCGUGGAUCAGGUUUGCGUGGACGGGGAGGCCCGAGGGGGAGUGCGAGUGGCCGAGGUAUGGAGAGGGAGAGAAGGGAUUGAACAUGGUGCUGCAGACCGAGACCCAGGGCGGGUGCUACGUCGAGGAGGAUACGUACAGAUUGGCGGGACGAGAGUACCUGACCGAGUGGGCAAGAAGAAGGCACGUCUGA